AUGGCAGAAAAGAGGUCUCCUGAAAAUCAACGAUGUGAUGAAAUCAUCCCCAAAAAGAGAUCGAGGACAAGCUCCGGUGACUUGCAGACACCUAAAGGUCAUGAUCCAUCAACAUCUACAGACAAAUCAUUGAAUUCAUUUGUUGAGAAUGAUAAUGAAUCUUCAAACGACCUCAGAGAUGAUUAUUAUGAUGACCAAGAUUACGAUUACGAUGACUACAAUGAAGAUGACGCUGAUGAAGAGGAAAAUGAUGAUAGUGAUGAUGGUGAUGAUGAUGACUAUCUUGGAAAUAACAGCGAAUUUGAAAAUGAUUUCAAUAAUGACGAACUUUACGACCAUGAUGAUGACGACAAUGAAGGCGAUGAUGAUGAUGAUGAUGAUGAUGAUGAUGAUGGUGAUAACGAAGAAGAUUAUAACGGUAGAUCUUUAAGAGAGCAUGUCAGAAAUAACAGCGAAUUUGAUAAUGAUGUCGACUAUCAUCUUUUAGAACACAACGACGAAGACUACGACUACGACAAUGAUGAUGAUGAUGAUGAUGAUGAUAAUAAUAAUAUGUAUAUGGAGGAAUAUUACGAUAGACGACCCGUAGACCCAUUAUCUGAUUUAACAACGGAUCAGUAUGCUGUUCUCUACACAUUAUUACUGUGUUGUGAUAUGUAUGGUUGGAUCUCAAUGGUCAGCGAUGCCUCUAUGGGUGACAUUGAUGUUACGAAGACAGUGAAGGAGCUGGAGAGUGAAGAACUUGUUAAAUGUGACAGUAAUAGUAACAGAGUGCGUAUCUCAGAAGACAAACGUAUUCAGUUAAUGAGAUCUUAUAGGGAGAAAUGUCUCCUCAGUGAUAUUGACAUAGACUUCUUUACAAAAGUUGCCUCGGGGUUUUCCCUAUACAUCUAUGCAGACGCCUAUAUCUUUAACGAAGAUGUUUCUAGAAAGCCACUGGACUCUUGUCCUAUAGCUUUAAUGAGACUUAUAGUUCAGGCCCAAACUGAGAUAGACUUUCAUAUCCUUCACACAGGUAUAUUUCCUCCUGUGUGUAGAGAGUCGGGUAUCUUGGAAAAGGUAAGGCAUUUCCUACUAUCAUGGUGCCGACUGAGAAAGAUAGUGGAUCCUAUAAGAUGGACUGAUAUGUGUCCUAAUGAGAGGAUAAAAAGUGUUUACUCUGCGAGCACAGUAUGUUCUUUACCUAAUCGAGAAACAAAGAGUGUGUUUUUGACUCCCUCAAAAACGGCUAUACUCUGUACCAUCUUGAUGACAGAAAACUAUGAAGUCAGCACAAAAACUAUAGAGGAGAAGAUUCAGGAAGUUGUGAAGGUCUUUCCCACUUUGUGUCAUGACGAUCUGGAUACAUUCCGGGACACACUUGAAGAAAUGGAGAAAUGUGAUAAAACUGUAAAAAUGGAGAAAGAAAACAUAGGGUUUGCAUCAGAGAAUGUUCGCCAUCAAGUGAUGAGUUACUUUGUAAUGGAUUGUCUGAGAACUGACAACGACUAUGAGAACUACAUCAAACUGUCUUCAGUGGAUUCCUUGUUAGAGUACGUACGUACCUGGAGAUUCUGUAAAGGUGAAAAUGAGCGUUGUAUAUACUUACCAGAGAAGCUAGAGGACGCAUUCAUUAAGGCGCUUGGAUUAAAUGCUAUACUUCAUGUUUUGGUGGUGAAAAAGAAUUAUUUUGAGGAGGAAGUCGCUGAGGAAAUAAGGAAAAAAGUCAUGUCAAAUGUUAAUGUGCCAGAAGAAAUUCUUGAUUGGGACUAUGAUGCGAGAUAUAGGUACGUAGAGUGUGCUAAAAAGGGAACUCAGAGUACACACAGAGCUCGUGCGAUGAUUGUAGGAUGCGCUGGUGCUGGUAAAACUACUCUCCUUAAACGCCUACAAAAGAAAAGCUUGGCAGAGUUAAGAAUUUUGAGGUCGACAGUCGGACUAGAGGUUCACGAGGACAUAUUUGAAGUUUCACAGGAUGAAGAUUCUUUAAGAGCUCUUGCAGCAGAAACAAAUAAGGAAGGGAAGCAGCUUUUGAGUGUCAUGGAUUUUGGAGGACAGUGUGCCUACUACGCCUGCCAUCAGGUCUAUCUCAGCAGAAGGGCUUUCUAUCUGCUGGUGAUAGAUAUGUCUAAACCAUUUAAAGAAAAGAUCGACAAGAAAUGUUGUGACCAAGAAGGAACAAUGUUCGGUGACUGGACAUAUGGGGAAUACCUUUUGUUCUGGAUGAAGUCUAUACAUCUGUACAGUGCUGCAGAUGCUCCCGUUAUACUAGUGGGAACUCACCUCGACAAAGCCAAAGGACAGACUUCGGACACAUUGUACAGAAGUAUUUUGGAUCAUCUGAGGUACGAUGAAAAUCUCAAAAGACACUUGAACAGAAAGAGAUGCUUCGUUUUAGGCUUUCAGGAAAAAGGUGAACAAUGUCUUGACAAACUCUCAGAUUUAGAAAAAUGUAUUGUUUCAAUUGCUAAAGAAGAACGGUGGAAGGAAACUAUUCCAAGAGACUGGGCAAUGUGUGAAGUUGUUCUAGUGGAACUCAAAUCCACAGAAAAAAUGCUUUCAUGUAAGGAAGUGUCUAGAAAAUUCUUGAACUACAUCGAAGAGAAAGAAACAAAUGUUCAAGAUGUUUUGAAACUUUUCCAUGAAAUUGGACUUAUUCUGCAUUUCAACGAGGAAUGCCUUUCUGAAACUGUUGUUAUUGACAUCCAAUGGUUUGUUGAUGCCUUCAAAAAUAUCAUUACAGAUCCAAACCAUGUUUUAGAUUUAGUAAAAAGUGACGCCGAAUGGAUGGACUUCGACCAAAAUGGAUAUCUUUCCCACCAACUUCUCAAAAAAAAUAUGGGCAUCCGGAGAAUUGCAAAUAGAGCCUAGCAAGCAAAGGAAUAUACUCCAGUACAUGGAACAUCUUGGAUUGAUAUUUGUGGGGCUGAAGUCGGACAUUCAUUACAUACCUUGUAUGAAUAAACGUACAUUUGAUGCUGCACACGAGGAGAAAUUGAGAAAAUGUCAAAAUAAAACAUCAGUGUUGGUCUUCAGAUUCAUUUUUUUGCCAUGGUUUGUUUACUUUCGUCUUAUUGUUACUUGCAUGACACAUGGAUGGAGAGUUUUGAAGGACGAUGGACUAUGUCUGUAUAAAAACAUUGCUUGUUUUGAUUAUAAGCAGCACAAUAUUGUUCUUGCAGUAAAUCACUCAUCAAUACAACUUCAGGUGUUUCAACAUGGUAACACUAUUGUCAAAAAAGAAGUCACUCUGGAAGUACGUGACACCAUAGAGCGAUUAUUAAAUCAAAUCUCCGGAAGCUUUCACAAGAAAAUCAUGUACAGUGUAGGGUACCAAUGUACACUAAAUGAGGUAUAUUGUGAAUAUGAUAAAUGUUUUGUUGAAGAGAAAGAAAUUCACGGGAAGGGUCAAAUAAUUUGUCCUCGACAUGAAAUGAUACAUCAUCACACUCUGUUUGAGCCAGAUUUAC